GGGCUUGGGAAGUUGUGUGGGAGUGGUCCUCCGGGGCCGCCUCUCAACCUGGUCCUGGGGAAAGACUACCUACCCCUCCGGGGCUGUUUCCUCCCCGCUUUAGUGCUGUUUCCUGGGAGUUGUCCAAGUGGGACUUAGUGUAGGAGGUUUGGGACGGGGUUAUCCGAGCUGAGCCCAGGCUCUUUUCUGAACCUCCCACUACGUUUCUCUUUUCUCCCCUCCCCGGGGAGGGGUCUUUUGACCUUGUGCUGAGUGCUUAUUUUUAGCAGUUCUGGGGUGGGGUCUCCGAAUCUUCUUCCACUUGGGAGAAAAUUAUAGCUACAAUCCGUAUAACUUUUAGGGAGGCGUCACCUUUUCCAAAUAUGACCACAUUUGAUCCUAAGAACAAUCCUGGAAACGGAGGGGGUGCUAUUAAGAUACCCUCUUGACUUAGUAGAAAACGGAGGUCAUGUGACUUGCCCAUAUCAAACAGUGUCUGAAGCUGUAUUUGAACUUGAGUUUCUCUGAUUCCAGGUUCCGCCUUCCAUUUGGUGAUUGAAACCAUAAUUAUAAAAGUUAGCAUUUACACCCUGCCCCCAAUGUGUGGUUUUAAGCUUUUAAUAGACUUUUGAAACACUGUAGGUUUGCAAAGCACUUUACAAAUCUUGGUCCUAAGAAGACAGCUAGGUGGUUCAGCGGAUGGCGCUGGGCCUAGAGUCAGAAAGCUCUUAAUCUGCUGGAGAAAGAAGUAACAAAGUACUGCAGUGUCUUUGCCAAGAAAACCCCAUGCAGGGUCACAGAGUCCAGCAUGAGGUGAUUUGAAUUCUUCAGUUUGUAAUAGUCUCAGUUGUGCAAAGCUUUCAAACUUUUUUCAAGACCUAAAAAAGGCCUUUAAAGGGAGGUCAGUUCAAGGCCCUUUAUUUGCUUCAUGAUUGUGAAAUAAUUUGCAUUUAUAUUAGACUGCAAAUGGUUUGGGUAUUUAUCAUGAACCGAAUGAAUUCCCAGAGCAAUGCUUUUACUCAGCGGAGGCGUAUGGCUCUUGGAAUUGUUAUUCUCCUACUUGUGGAUGUUAUAUGGGUUGCUUCUUCAGAACUUACUUCAUAUGUUUUUACUCAAUAUAAUAAACCAUUCUUCAGCACCUUUGCAAAAACAUCAAUGUUUGUUUUAUACCUCUUGGGCUUUAUCAUUUGGAAGCCAUGGAGGCAACAGUGUACAAGAGGAUUUCGUGGACGACAUGCUGCUUUUUUUGCAGAUGCUGAAGGUUACUUUGCUGCUUGUACUACAGAUAAUACCAUGAAUAGUUCUUUGAGUGAACCUCUGUAUGUUCCUGUGAAAUUUCAUGACUUGACAAAUGAAAAACCUGACAGUACAAAUGGUGAGAAUGAAAAAACACCCAAAAAAUCUCGUGUAAGGUUCAGUAAUAUUAUGGAGAUUCGACAACUUCCAUCAAGCCAUGCACUGGAAGCCAAGUUAUCUCGAAUGUCAUAUCCUGCUGUGAAAGAACAAGAGUCAAUCCUGAAAACUGUAGGGAAACUUACUGCAACUCAAGUAGCAAAAAUUAGCUUUUUCUUUUGCUUUGUGUGGUUUUUGGCAAAUUUAUCAUAUCAAGAAGCACUUUCAGACACACAAGUUGCUAUAGUUAACAUCUUGUCUUCAACUUCUGGACUUUUUACUUUAAUCUUAGCUGCAGUGUUUCCAAGUAACAGUGGAGACAGAUUUACUCUUUCUAAACUGUUAGCUGUCAUUUUAUGCAUUGGAGGUGUUGUGCUGGUAAACCUUUCAGGGUCUGAGAAAUCUGCUGGAAAAGAUACAAUAGGUUCCAUCUGGUCUCUUAUUGGUGCCAUGCUCUAUGCUGUCUAUAUUGUUAUGAUUAAAAGAAAAGUAGACAGAGAAGAUAAAUUGGAUAUACCAAUGUUCUUUGGUUUUGUAGGUCUCUUUAAUCUGCUGCUGUUAUGGCCGGGGUUCUUUUUACUUCAUUAUACUGGAUUUGAGGCCUUUGAAUUUCCCAAUAAAUUAGUAUUAAUGUGCAUUGUCAUUAAUGGCCUAAUUGGAACAGUUCUCUCAGAGCUGCUGUGGUUAUGGGGCUGUUUUCUUACCUCAUCCCUGAUUGGUACACUUGCACUAAGCCUUACAAUACCUCUGACCAUAAUAGCUGAUAUGUGCUUGCAAAAGGUGCAAUUUUCCUGGUUAUUUUUUGCAGGUGCUAUUCCUGUGUUUUUUUCAUUUUUCAUUGUAACUCUCCUAUGUCAUUAUAAUAACUGGGAUCCAGUGAUGGUGGGAGUCAGAAGAAUUUUUGCCUUUAUCUGUAGAAAACAUAGAAUUCAGAGAAUUCCAGAAGAUAAUGAGCAGUGUGAGAGCCUCAUUCCUUUGCACAGUGUUUCUCAGGAGGAUGGAGCUAUCUGCUGUUCAUAAAUUAUAGCUUGAAGAUGAAGCACUAAACAAGCGAAGAGACAAUCUCUAACAAGGUUAUAUAGAAAAAAUAUUUCAGUGCCUACUCCAAAUUUAAAAUAAUAGUUUCAGUUCUUUGAAACUUUAAAAUAAAUAUUUUCUCCUCAUUCUUGUCUUAUUAAGUUUUAUAAGAAACUAUUUUGCUACAAACAUCACUACAAGUAUAGGAUAUUGUGGUUAAUCUAAAGAACCGACUUGCUUUACAGAUCUCAUGGGGUUCAGUUGGUGAAGUAAUCAAGGAAGAAAAAUGCUGAAGUUGAAGAGACCUUUUGUUUUUACAUUUUUUGUUAAAUGCUGGACUAUAGAACUGUAUGUAAGAAAUCCUCAAAGUCUUUAGUUCAUUUCUUUUAGGAGAAAUGCAAAAGGCUAAGGUGCCUUGUAGGUACGGAUUAUAUUUUUGUUUGUACAAGCUAUUGAAUAUAAACACCACAGAAAUGUAGCUUAAUUUAUGAAAUAAUGCAUUUUUUUCAAAUCUGAGAUUAAAAAAUAAAUCUUUGGAACAGGAUCUUUUGUUUUGUUACACAUAUACUAUAUCAUUUUUGUAAAAUUUUCCUGUAGCAUUAUGUGCCUUAUGUGUUUGACGACCCAGAGCAAGUUUUUAAAGGGGAGAUAGUAUUAUAAGAAGGAUUAAGUACUUCUCAAGGUUGUUCAUAUGUAAACUUGACUUGCUAAAGCUGUGCUUACUAUAAAGGUUGAAUGGGUCACUUUUCAAUGAAGAAAUUUUCAUAAUGGAAUAGUUUAGGUUGGUGUGAUAUGGCCCAUUAUUAAAAUAAAGUACUGUUUAAAGUGUUAUUUGUAUGUAUGUGUAUUACAAAUGAGUCAAACAAUUACUAGCUUUUACAGAAACUUAAAUGUGUCCUUUUAUUUUAGAACUAUAAACCUCCUUAGUUUUGUAUUUCUAAAUGAGCUUUUAAAUAAUUAAACUAAAUUGAGAGGCCAAAAAGAGAUUGUUACUUGAGAGUUUUGUUUGUUUUUGUAUCUAAUAAAAAGCCCACUAAGAUAAAUUAUACACAAAACA